GGAGAACAUAUUCGAACAACCUUUAAAGAAUAUAGGCCUACUCUUUGAAGUUCAAUUCAAUUGACAAUUGACUGUACCGAAGUAGUUCACUGCAUCAAACAUGAGGAACAGGGAGUUGAAACCUUUGUUCAGCAGUGCAGCAGCCUUCAUUGAUAGUAAGUCUGAAAAUCUUGUGAACAAAUGUUUGGAAGGAUUACCCAUGCGACGUUACAGUGCUGUGAAUUAUGACCUACUGCGAGACAUUGCUAAACUUAAAAAAGAUGACUGCAGCUACCAGAUUGCGAGUAUUGCGCGAUUAAAUGAGACAUCCAAACAGAGCAAGGAACAGGCUCUUCUAUCACAUCACAAGUUUCUGUGGCAUCAGGAGUAUCGACAGCUUCAAGAGAAAGAGGCAACCUGUCUACUAGAUCUGAACAGCUUGUGCAUGGAAGAGAAUGUUCUGGAGUUGUGUGAACUCAAGGCUUCACUUGAUGCAGACGUCCAAACAUUUACAACUGAUGCAGUGCAACCGUUCUUCAAAUUGCGGGAAAAUAUAGUUGAUUGGCUUCGUAGUAGGAAAAGUAAGGUGGAAGAUGUUAAAACAUUACAGGCAAAUCAUUCAAAAAUUAAAUGGGCACUAAGCCAGCUGAUGGACGUCCAGAACAAGGCUAUGCAUGACCUGAGUAAGGACCAGGUGCAGCUGAAAUUAGAGUCUGAUCUUGCAGUUAUUCAGGGGCAAAUUGGCAAGACAGAGAGACGAGUACAUGAGGGUAUACCAGAAGAAGCUAUGAUGUUAGAGUACCCAGAUCAAAAUCUUCUAUCCACCGUUCUAAGCGAGUUCAAUUUGUUAGAUGGACGAUUUACAGAAAGAUUGAAGCUUUUGGAAACUAAAUACACUGAACAGCGGAGCAGGCAUAAUGGGAGAGGUGACUGGGAUAUAAAAGAUCAUGAAACAUUUGUGACAGUUGCUGAGAUAUACACAGCUAGCGAGACAAACAACAGACGAGCUUAUUAUAUAGAUAUGCUGAAAAGAAUGCUUCCACACAAGAAACACAGUGAGCUGGUUGCACAUGAGGAAGAGUGGCUGCUCGCAAAGAAAUACCAUGCCCAGCGUGAUGCAGUCCUCGCCAGCUGGCAUAGGUCAAAGGUAGACCUUUUGAAGAAGAUACAGACUGUGUUUGCAGAAGCAUUGAUCCACAAUGAAGAAGAGACGCAUGCCGCACGGGAUAAGGAAAAACAACACAUGAAAUGUCAGCUACUGUACGCAAAGGUAUCUUUGUGGCGAGAACAACAGCUAGAAAUGACACGUGUCCAGCAGGAAUUGGAGAAUCAAGCACGAGAGGAAGCUGCAAGGCAUGAACAGUUCCAAGCAGAGAUGAAGAGAAGGAAAACUGCUAAGCAGAAAAAAAGGGUGCAAAGAUACAAAGAGAGGAAGGAUUAUGAGAAGCAGGCAGAACAGGCAGAACAGUGCCGGCACCUUGAAGACAUCCAAAAGCACAUUUUAAAGCUAUCUGAAAUUGGCAAGGAAAGAAUUGCCUAUAGAGACAAAUUGCUUCAUGCCAAACAUGUACAGAGGGAUGAGUUAGAGGAAAAAAGAAGAAUAGCAGAGGCAGAGAGAGAAAGAAGACUAACAUUAAUCCGUCAAAAGGUUGCAGUUCAUGUUGAACCAGAUUCACAGCGAGUGUGCAGCGCAACCAUUUGCUCAGACGCUAGACGCGGUUUUGGAGCCACUGAUGAACAACCAAUACAGACUCCACUAUUUUCCGUCACCAGUUUCACAGAUAGUCAGGUAUCAGCCGACCCGAGAUUCAAGUUAGAGAUGCGGCUGAGAGAGGCAGGCCUACUGCAGAGUGAAUAUGCUAGACAUAUGCUGAAGAAUACAAGACCCUUAAAGUUGCCCCGACCAGAUGUGAAGUCAAAUGUCAGCUUCACACAGAUGGAAGGCAUGUGAAUUGUAGAAGGUUGAUCUAGUAUGUUAAUUAUUGUGCAUCACAUCUCAGCACUUGGUAAUAUGCCCCUGUGAGCGCAACAAAAUUGUGAAGAUAUGCUACUAUCUGCACCAAUUUAAAUGAUAUAGCAUUGUUUCUCAACCUGGGCUGUUGCGAGCUGAGUUUCAGGGAGGUCGGGAGAUAUAUGCACUCAACUAAAAAAAAAAUAUUUUCAUCUUGCAUUUUCCUGCAAGCAAAUAUUGUCAAGCUUGGCAGUUAUUGAGUUAAAAAAUGUCAGUAAAAUAUCUACUGAAGUGUAAUUGCUCACUGAAAUGUUGUGCACGUUUUCUCUCAUGCGAGAUAAAAGGAAACAUCCGUGUACGCCAAUGUGUUACAUGUCAUGUUAGAAUUCCUGUGGUACUCCAGGUAGGUGUGCACGCACGAUGCAGUCUUUAACUAAAAUGUGAUGUUUUUUUGUUUUUUUAAUUUGUACAAGAGCUGAUAUGACAAAACGUUUUGGCCAGGGUUUUCAUUGCCUAGAAUGGAGAAAUUUGCCUUAUUUACAACAUCCCUGAAAAAUUACCCAAAAAAGCAUACAUCCUACGACUAAAGGGGCCA